AAAAGUCAGACUUGCAUUACUAAACCCAAAAUUAGUGAGAGAAGAGGGAAUGACCGAAUGAGGCUAUCUCCAAAGUCCCAAACUAAAAAGAAGACACUUUUUAGUCAUUUGAUGUGCCAAUGAAUUCUCUUUCACUUCCUUCCCUUCCCUUCACAAGACUUUCUACAAGUGAAACAGGAACGAACACGAUAUGGGUAUCCUUCAAAACCUCAAUUUUGUCACCAAAGACUCAAACUUUAAGCAGAGUAUUGUGUCUGAGAGCUAAAAGCAAUGGUGGGGCUGGUGAUGGUGAGGCAGUGAUAAUUGUGGAUCAUGGGUCGCGUCGAAGAGAGUCCAAUCUCUUGCUUAAUGAAUUUGUGAAGAUGUUUAAACAUAAAACCGCUUACGAGAUUGUGGAGCCUGCUCAUAUGGAGUUAGCAGAACCAUCAAUUAGAGAUGCCUUUCAAUCUUGUGUCGAACAAGGUGCACAACGUGUUGUUAUCAGCCCCUUUUUCCUCUCUCCUGGAAGGCAUUGGAAUCAGGAUAUUCCUUCUUUAAGUGCAGAGGCAGCAAAGGAGCACCCUGGCGUGUCAUACAUUGUAACCGCACCCCUUGGACUGCAUGAGCUACUUGUGGACGUUGUGAAUGAUAGGAUCAAGCAUUGCUUGAAGCUGAAGCACAUAUCCGGAGAUGCCGAAGACUGUUCUGUUUGUGCUGGGACUGGAAAAUGCAGGCUCUAUAAUUCAUGAAGCAGGGUUGAAAGUCAAGGGGAUUUUAUAAACUGGGUUGCAACUAACCAAACUGACAUCAAGGGAGCACAUGUAGAUGUUGGCAAUAGCCUGGUUCAGAAGAAUCAAGAUGGUUUCAUAAUCAUGGUUGGAUAUGAUACCUUGAAAGUGAUAUGAUCAGUGAGUCACAAGGAUCUUCUCCUCUUAUAUCAUGAUGAUUUCCAAAAGUUUAAGUUCAAUUUGUUCAAUGAAAAAUAAUUGCCAAGGCAAUAAUAUUGAAACUAUUGCUUGCAUAAGCAAAGUUGUAACAUUGAUUGAAUUCUUUGUAUAAUCUAUAUUCUUACGGAUGCAGUUGAACUUGGUC